UUUCCAGUACUCCUUGUUCCUUCCUUGCCACAACUUCCAUGCCCGAGCCAAGCAUGAUCUGUGCUGCCUUGCAGCCUGUCAUCUGUGGCUUUAUCAAUGAAGCAGGGGUGCCUGCAGCCACUGCAAAACGCUUCUCAUCUUUCGCCUGCAUCAAGCGCAACCACAGACUCCUUAGAAAAGCCAGGGAAAACCUGCAAGCUAUUAGGAAGGUGGUUCAGGGACAAGUUGAUCUCGAGACCAACCACCUCAAUGAGUGUGAUCCUCGAGUCAAUUUGUGGCUGAGAAGGGUAGCCAGUGUCCGAGGUGAUUCCAUCGACCACGAAUAUGAUAGACUGAUGCAGUCCUCCUGGUUAUGUCGUUCAAUUCUGGGCCUUGGGAAACGAUACCGUCUUGGCAAGCAUAUUGCCCAGAUGCUAGAAGAUAUUGCUGAGCUAAUCGAGGAAGGGAACCAAUUUAAAACAUUUGCAUCCAAGCGUUUGCCAGAUUUAGUUGAGGAGAGACCACGGACACAAACCUUUGGCAUCAAGCCAGUGCUGAGAGAUUUGUGGGAAUCAUUUGAAAGCACUGAUGUGAGCAUCAUCGGAGUGUGGGGCCCAGGUGGCGUCGGGAAGACAACACUCCUUAACAACUUUAACAAUGAGCUCAAGGCACUCGGCAGGGAUUACCAGGUGGUGAUCAUGAUUGAGGUGUCCAACUCUGGAACUCUAAACAAAACAGCAAUCCAGCGCACAAUUACAGACCGCCUUGGGUUGCCAUGGGAUGACAGAGAGACAGAGGAAGCUCGGGCGAGGUUCUUAAUGAAAGCACUGGGCAGAAAAAGAUUUGUGAUUUUACUGGAUGAUGUCUGGAACAAAUUCCAACUAGAAGAAGUUGGGAUCCCUACCCCUGAUUUUGAUAGCAAAAGCAAGCUGAUUCUCACAUCACGUAAUGUGGAUGUGUGCUAUCAAAUGGGAGCUCAACAGAGCUUGAUCAAGAUGGAGUACCUAGAAAAAGAAGCAGCAUGGGAGCUCUUCCGCAGCAAUUUGAGCACUCAGGCAAUUACAUCCAUUGAUUCACCUGGCCCCAACAAUGUUAUAAAAGAAUAUGCUGAUGCAAUUGUCCAAAGCUGUGGUGGUUUGCCACUAGCCCUCAAGGUAAUAGGGAGUGCAGUGGCAGGGCUAACAGCACCAAGGGAAUGGAUUUUGGCAAUGCAAGCAACCAAGCAUGACAUCAAGGACUUGGAUGGAAUCCCAGAAAUGUUCCAUAAACUGAAAUAUAGUUAUGAUAAGUUGACACCAACGCAGCAGCAGUGCUUCUUGUAUUGCACCCUUUUCCCUGAUUAUGGUUCAAUUAACAAAGAUCAGCUUGUGGAAUACUGGAUGGCAGAAGAAUUGAUACCUCAAGAUCCCAACAGAGGCCAUCGCAUAAUCAGUCGCCUGCUCUCAGCAUGCUUAUUAGAGAACUGCGGAUCUGAUUUAGAGGUGAAAAUGCACCACAUUAUUCGUCAUCUGGGAUUGUCCCUUGCAGUGCAGCAAAAGAUUGUUGUGAAGGCUGGAAUGAACUUGGAAAAAGCGCCACCACACAGAGAGUGGCGAACAGCAAGAAGGAUAUCACUCAUGUACAAUGACAUAAGGGACCUCGCAAUCUCACCUGAAUGCAAGGAUCUUGUAACUCUACUGGUCCAGAAUAAUCCUAACUUGGAUAGGCUGAGUACAACCUUCUUCCAGUCCAUGUAUUCUUUGAAGGUUCUUGAUCUUUCACACACCAGGAUUACUGAACUUCCUUUCUGUAGCACAUUGGCAAAGCUCAAGUAUCUCAAUUUGUCUCACACAUUCAUUGAGAGGCUUCCUGAAGAAUUCUGGAUGCUAAAAAAAACUAAGACAUCUGGACUUAAGUGUUACGAAGGCACUCAAAGAGACCUUAGACAACUGUUCCAAGCUAUACAAACUAAGGGUGUUAAACCUCUUUCGAAGCAACUAUGGGAUUCGCGAUGUUAAUGACCUGAACAUUGAUUCCUUAAGGGAACUGGAAUUCCUUGGGAUCACAAUAUAUGCUGAGGAUGUGUUAAAGAAGUUGACAAAUACACAUCCUCUAGCAAAGUCAACACAACGCCUUAGCCUCAGGCACUGUGAACAAAUGCAGUCAAUCCAAAUAUCAGACUUCACACACAUGGUGCAACUUCGAGAGCUCUAUGUUGAAUCAUGUCUUGACUUGAUACAACUCAUUGCUGACCCUGACAAGGGAAGAGCUUCUUGCCUGGAAGUUCUCACCCUUGCUAAACUCCCUGCCCUCCAAACAAUUCUUGUUGGAUCUUCGCCUCAUCACUUUCGAAACCUCCAAGUGAGGAAUGUUGAGUACUCUAUCCUGCUUGUGAUGAGUGAAUUGUCAACCGUGCGGUGUGAUCGUGCGCUUGGUCUUUGGAUUGCAGGUACAC